AUGGCAAACUUAUCGCCAAUCUCUGGAUCACCCACAUCCUUCAAAUCCAAUACAUCACCCGUCCCCAUAUCAAUCCCUUUCUCCUCCAACACGACAAACACCCAUACUACUACUAAAAAAUCUAAACCUAGAAAAAGAGUCAACACUGCUGAAAAGAGAUCACAACAUAAUGCGAUCGAAAGAGCUCGAAGAGAGACAUUGAAUGGGAAAUUCCUCUCUUUAGCGAAAUUACUACCUUCUCUUGCAUCCUCGAGAAGACCAAGUAAAUCUGCCAUUGUCAACGGAUCGAUCUCCCAUCUUACUCAUCAAAGGGAUCAAAGACUUUUAGCCGCAAAAGUGCUCAAAGAUAUAAUGGCUGAAAGAGAUGAACUAUUGAACGAACUGAACGAUUGGAGAAAACUCAGUGGUUAUUCACCCAAAGAAGUUCAAAACAGCUAUCACGAAGAAGUUGAACAAAUCAAUUCUGUUCAAAGUGAAGUUUUCGGUAAUUUCGCUGGAAUGGGAGGUGAUGGCGAAGACAAUGACAACGAUGAAGAUGAUUUAUCCAAUAAUAAUCAACUUAAUGAAUCUUUCGAUACUGCUUCUGCCGUAACCAACAUGUCAAACUCAUUCACUUCUGUGAACGGUUUGAUCACUCCUAGAUCAUCGACAGAUCUUGAUUUAGCUCUUCAACAAAACUUGUACAACGCUGCUACAACUCCUGCUAUAGCCACAAGACCUUCCUCAGCUUCCACAAACGGUCUCAACUGGUCAAACGAAUUUGCUUUCAACUUGAACAAUCAAAUGAACAGUAAUAUGACUUUCGGUUCAACUCAUUCAUCACCGCAGAAUAUCGUCAGUCCAUCUUCUGAACCAAGUUUGAUGUAUCACCAUACACCUUCACCUGGAUCAUCACAUUCUGUUUCUGCUUCAUCUGAGCCAAUCUCCCAAGGUCAUGCCAACGCUAUGGCCAUGCCACAAGGAUGGAGCGCUCAGCAAUUGGCAAUGUUGCAACAACAUGCUGUUCAAGCUAAUACCAUCAUGCGUGCCCAUCAAGCUCAAGCUCAAACCCAUGCUCAUCAAGCCCAACCGUUCAAUCCAAUCGUUGGAAACUCCUUCAAUGCAAUGUUCCAAUCGGCUCAGCCGGGAUUGACAACUCCCACCGGAUUACCUCCUUUAAUGCCAAAUGGCAAUGUUCCAGAUACAGCUUUUACUCAACAAGUCUUAUCUAGUAUGUUCCCUAGACAAGGUGGUGGUGGGAAUGAAGUCUCUUUAGAAGAUCUCCAAAAUGCGGUCAGAGCAGGAAUGGGCGUUGGAAUGGGUUUAAUGACUAAUUGGACUCAAACUCAAGCUUAA